GUUCUGGUGAAGGUUGCGGCCUGUGGCCUACAGCACCGUCACCUGGGACAGACACUCAAUGCUAUGCAACAGACCCUCACCACACUACACCACACGUUUGAGCUCAAUGUGUGCGGCGAAGGCGGCGAGUACGAGACCUUCACUCUGGACAUGCCGCUGUUCAAGAAGCGCAUUGUUGUGGAGGACGCAGAGAUUGUGAGGGUCAGUGAGGAUAAGCUGGCGCCGGUUGCUUACUACCGGAUCAAUCGAUUUUCAUUGGUGGAUAAAAAUAGCACAGACGUAGGUGUACAGGUGCCGGAGGAGGGGAGUGAAGAGGAUGCUGAAAUGGUUAGUGGCAUGGACAGUGCGUUGUAUCACGAUGUAGAGUACGGGCGAGAAUGUAUGGAGACGGUGGAGGCUAUGGACACAGUACACUACACAACACAAACACCAACAGAACACACACCCAACAUACACACACACACACCAGCAACAGAUCAGCACACAUACAACACACACACACACGUGUGCUUUUGCGACAACUCCCUCUACAUCGAAGGACUCCGCGGAGUCAACCACACACACACCCCACCGACUGAUGCAGCCCACAGCCCACCCACCGCCUCACAACAGAUGCAGCGUGUGCUGGAUCAACUAGCACAGCACCUGAGCGCACACGCACUGGACACGUCGCACGUUACGCGUGUGCAUUUGCUGGUGGCCGACAUGGCGCAGUUUGCGCAGGUGAAUGCUGAGUACGUGCGAGUGUUUGCGGAGAGACCCCCCUCGCGCGUGUGCGUGCAGGUGCCGUUGCCGGAGGGUGUGUUGGUGCAGUUGCACUGUGUGGCACACGCCCCUACCUCUGCUACAGACACGUCUUCUCGAGCUACGCGUGAGUGUUUGCAUGUGCAGAGUAUCUCACGGUGGUGUCCGGCGAAUAUCGGGCCGUACAGUCAGGCGGUGACACUCAGGGGCAAGGUCUACCUAGCUG